UGAAAAAGCAACCUUCCGCUGGAGCUGGAGCGGAGGCAGAUUUCUCCAACGUCAACUGGGCUUUCCUUUCAAGGCUAACUGAUAACACCGCUAAUAGAUGGCUAAAAGCCACGAAACAGCUCUUCCUGAGUCUGAACGGUGAAGAGAAUGUCCCAGAAAUCCUGGAUAGAAAGAACUUUCACCAAGAGGGAAUGUGUAUAUAUACUACCAGUGUCAAAAGACCCCCACAGAUGUCUUCCAGGAUGCCAGGUCUGCCAGCAGCUAGUGCGGUGCUGCUGUGGGCGUCUGGUCAGGCAGCAUGCGGGCUUCACCGCCAGCCUGGCCAUGAAAUACUCGGAUGUGAAAUUGGGUGAGAAUGAGAUGCCCGAGCUGGAGGAGUGGUCCGUGGAGAAGCACACCGAGGAGAACCCCACGGACGCCUACGGCAUCAUCAACUUUCAGGGAGGAUCCCACUCCUACAGAGCCAAGUACUGUCGACUAUCCUACGAUUCGAAGCCAGAGAGUGUCCUUCGCCUCAUGCUGAAAGAAUGGCAGAUGGAACUUCCCAAAAUCCUCAUAUCUGUCCAUGGAGGCGUCCAGAACUUCGACCUGCAUCCACGCAUCAAGCAGGUGGUGGGGAAGGGCCUGAUCAAAGCUGCCGUCACCACCGGAGCAUGGAUCCUCACUGGUGGGGUCAACACAGGUGUGGCCAAACAUGUUGGGGACGCCCUGAAAGAGCACUCGUCGAGAUCCUCACGGAAAAUUUGCACUAUUGGGAUUGCCCCCUGGGGGGUUAUAGAGAAUAGGAACGACCUCAUUGGAAGAGAUGUGGUCGCCCCAUACCAAACCCUACUGAACCCCUUGAGCAAGCUCAACGUGCUCAACAGUCUCCACUCGCACUUCAUCCUGGUGGAUGAUGGGACCGUGGGGAAAUACGGCGCCGAGGUCAACCUGCGGCGAGAGCUGGAGAAGCACAUCAACCUGCAGAGGAUCCACGCCAGGAUCGGUCAGGGUGUCCCGGUGGUGGCCCUGAUCUUUGAGGGGGGCCCCAAUGUGAUCCUGACGGUGCUGGAUUACCUGCAGGAGAGCCCCCCAGUGCCCGUGGUGGUGUGUGAGGGUACCGGCCGGGCCGCUGACAUCCUGGCCUACGUGCACAAGCAGACCGAAGAAGGAGGGGGACUCCCAGACGGUGUUGAGGCCGACAUCAUCGCUACAAUCAAGAAGACAUUCAACUUCAGCCACAGUGACGCCAUCCACCUUUUCCAGACGUUAAUGGAAUGCAUGAAGAACAAAGAAUUGAUUACAGUCUUUCAUGUAGGAGCAGAGGAGCACCAAGAUAUAGAUGUUGCCAUACUCAAAGCCUUCUUAAAAGGCACAAGUGCUUCUGCCUUUGACCAGCUCGUCCUAACCCUGGCCUGGGACCGAGUGGACAUAGCCAAGGAUCAUGUGUUGGUGUAUGGACAGCAGUUACUGGUUGGGUCUUUGGAACAAGCCAUGUUAGAUGCCCUUGUAAUGGAUCGUGUGGACUUUGUCAAGCUGCUUAUUGAGAAUGGGGUCAGCAUGCAUCGAUUCCUAACUAUCAAUCGUCUGGAGGAACUGUACAACACGAAACAAUCACCAACAAAUCCAACUCUCUUUCAUCUUGUCAGAGAUGUCAAACAGGGUAACUUGCCGCCAAACUACAAAAUAACACUAAUUGAUGUGGGCCUUGUCAUUGAGUACCUCAUGGGUGGAACUUACAGAUGCAACUAUACAAGAAAACGCUUUAGAAUAAUCUACAACAAUCUUCAUGGAAACAAUCGGCGGUCUGGUCGCCAUGCACCCAGUGGGUCCCACCUCCGCAAGAGCCACGAGUCCUUCAGCAUUCAGGCAGACAAGAAGGAGAAAACCAGGCACAAUCACUUCAUCAAAACUGCUCAGCCUUACAAACCCAAGCUGGAAUCCACAACUGAGCAGGCCAAAAAGAAGAGCAAAGAGGACAUCGUGGACAUUGACGAUCCCGAGACUCGACGUUUCCCCUACCCCUUCAACGAGCUGCUAGUGUGGGCCGUGCUGAUGAAGCGGCAGAAGAUGGCUCUCUUCUUCUGGCAGCAUGGCGAGGAGUCCAUGGCCAAGGCCCUGGUGGCCUGCAAGCUGUGUCGCUCCAUGGGCUACGAGGCCAAGCGGAGUGACGUGGUGGACGAUACGUCGGAGGAACUGAAGGAUUACUCUAAUGAGUUUGGCCAACUGGCUGUGGACCUGCUGGAGGAGUCCUUCCGUCAGGACGAGACCAUGGCCAUGAAGCUGCUGACGUACGAGCUGAAGAACUGGAGCAACUCCACCUGCCUGAAGCUGGCCGUGUCCUCGCACCUGCGGCCCUUUGUCGCGCACACCUGCACCCAGAUGCUGCUAUCCGACAUGUGGAUGGGUCGUCUCAACAUGCGCAAAAACUCCUGGUAUAAGGUCAUUUUGAGCAUCUUGGUCCCCCCUGCCAUCCUUCUGUUGGAGUACAAGACAAAAGCGGAGAUGUCGCACAUCCCACAGUCUCAGGAUGCUCAUCAGAUGGAGGACAGCGACCACAACCUACAGAAUCCGGUGGAGGACAUCCAAAUGGAUGUUUUCAAAGAAGUUCGAAUGAACGACAAUGUUGAGGUCAAGAAUGAGCCAGAGGUCCACGUGCGUUCCAGGAGGUUACCCAUCACCAGGAAAUUCUAUGCAUUCUACCACGCCCCCAUUGUGAAAUUCUGGUUCAACACGUUAGCUUAUUUGGGCUUCCUCAUGCUCUACUCGUAUGUUGUGCUGGUCAGGAUGCCAGAUUUCCCUUCACCACAGGAGUGGGUGGUCAUCCUCUACAUAUUCACGUCUGCCAUUGAGAAAUUACGUGAGAUGUUUAUGUCUGAGGCUGGGAAGAUAGGUCAAAAGAUCAAAGUCUGGUUCAGUGACUAUUUUAACAUAUCAGACUUUGCUGCAAUCGUGUCUUUUUUUGUGGGGUUCGGUUUGAGAUUUGGAGAAGAUGACGUCUUUAUUGCUGGAAGAAUUGUGUAUUGCUUGAACAUUAUAUUUUGGUACGUGCGUCUCCUUGAUAUCCUGGCCGUGAACCAGCAAGCUGGACCAUAUGUUAUGAUGAUUGGCAAAAUGGUGGCCAACAUGUUUUACAUUGUGGUGAUCAUGGCGAUAGUGCUUUUGAGCUACGGCGUCCCCAGAAAAGCCAUCCUGUACCCGAACGAGACUGCCUCAUGGACGCUGGCCAAAGAUGUGGUCUUUCAGCCAUACUGGAUGAUGUAUGGUGAAGUGUAUGCAUAUGAAAUCGACGUGUGUGCGGAGAACACGGAAGCCUCCUAUAAGAGUCUCUGUAGAAGUGGAGUCUGGCUGACACCACUCCUGCAAGCGGUCUACCUCUUUGUUCAAUACAUUCUCAUGGUCAAUCUCCUCAUAGCCUUCUUCAACAAUGUGUACCUGCAAGUGAAAUCCAUGUCCAAUCUGGUGUGGAAGUAUCAGCGGUAUCACUUCAUCAUGGUGUACCACGAGAGGCCGGUCCUGCCCCCUCCCCUCAUCUUCCUCAGUCACCUGGCCUCCCUCUUAGCCUACAUCUGCAGGAAGAGGAAGAAGGACAGUUCCUCUUACGGCCCCAAGCUGUUUCUGACUGAGGAAGACCAAAAGAAACUGCACGACUUUGAGGAGCAGUGUGUUGAAACGUAUUUCCAUGAGAAGGAUGACCAGUUUCACACUGGCAGUGAUGAAAGGAUCAGAGUGACCUCAGACAGGGUUGAAAGCAUGUUCAUUCAGAUGAAGGAAGUUGGCAACAAGGUGAACUUCAUCAAGCGCUCCCUGCACACGCUGGACUCCCAGAUCGGGCACCUGCAGGACCUCUCGGCGCUGACCGUGGACACGCUGAAGGCUCUGACCGCGCAGCACGCCUCCGAGGCCAGCAAGGUGCACAACCAGAUCACGCGCGAGCUGAGCAUCACCAAGAACCUGGCGUCCAGCGUGGCCGACGGCGGCGGAGGCGGCGGAGGAGGCGGGACGGCCGGACUCUCGCACAAGUCGUCGGCUCUGGCGCGCCGGAGCGCUGCCUACUUCCCGCCCAGCUCGGCGUGCGGCAACAUCGCCGAGUCGCUGUUCGGCAGCAGCUCGUACGAGGUGGGCGUGCGGCGGCCCGGGCCCGGGCCGGAGCUGGCCCAGGCCCUCAGCCCGGAGCGGCGGGCGGGCGCAGCACUCAACCUCCCGGAGGCUGGACCCUCGGGCAGUGCCUUAUCCCACAGUGCUGCUGCCGCCGCCGCCACCGCCGUGACCCCACCGGAGCUGCGCCUGCGGGGUCACCCCUUCUUCCUGGAGCGCAAGCCUGGCCGCCCGCCGCUGGACGACACCCCGAGCAGCCUUCCGGGGGCCCCUCCGCCGCCGGCCGCCCAGUUCUUCGUGAGCACCCCCUCCCAGCCCACCGCCGCCUCCGCCUCCCGCAGGCUCUCCCUGGUCACCUCGCCAGAGCAGGACCCCCUGCCCGAGAGCUCCACAGUGGAGUUCGGGGCCUUCGUCGGCCACAAGGACGACGCCGAUCUGCAGCACUCUUUCCCCAGAGACGACGCUGCUGGCAGCCGACAGCCCAGUCCAUCCAAGAAGUCCAAGGGAACGGGUCAUGUGGAAGGUCAGAUGAGGACCGUGAACUCGUACGCUGGCUUCACAGAGUUCGACAGGAACCCUUCGUUUCUGCACCCAGAGUCAACUCUCAGCAAACGGGAACACAGUCGAGUGUCUGCAGAGGACAUCCUCGUUCAUAAGGACCCACGUGCCGCUCUGCUGCUGGAGCGCGUACAAGGCAAAUCGGCGCAGGCCAGCAGUCUAAGUCCACCGGAUGAAGCCCUCAAUGCUGCAGCAUGCUUGUACACAGCCAGACACCCACACCUGGGAAGCAGGAAAGACUCUAUCGGGUCUCCGUUCAAGCCUAUGGAAAGUUACCAGUACUCAGCUGUGGAGCGUAAUAACCUGAUGCGGUUGUCCCAGAGCAUCCCGUUCACCCCUGUGCCCCCUAGAGGGGAGCCAGUGACUGUGUACCGGCUGGAAGAGAGCUCCCCAAACACCAUCAACAACAGCAUGUCCUCCUGGGCCCAGCGCGGCCUCUGUGCCAAAAUCGAGUUCCUCAGCAAGGAGGAGAUGGGCGGCGGCCUGCGCCGCGCCCUCAAGGUGCUCUGCACCUGGUCCGAGUACGACAUCCUCAAGCCGGGCCACCUGUACAUCGUCAAGUCCUUCCUGCCCGAAGUGGUCAACACCUGGCAGAGCAUCUACAAGGAGGACACCGUGCUUCACCUUUGUCUCAGGGAAAUUCAGCAGCAGAGGGCUGCCCAGAAACUAACCUUUGCCUUUAACCAGUUGAGGCCGAAGUCGAUCCCUUACUCUCCCAGAUUUCUGGAGGUGUUCCUGCUCUACUGUCACUCUGCUGGUCAGUGGUUUGCCAUUGAGGAGUGUAUCACCGGAGAGUUCCGUAAGUUCAACAACAACAAUGGCGACGAGAUCGUCCCUACCAACCUGCUGGAGGAGACCAUGCUGGCCUUCAGUCACUGGUCGUACGAGUACACCAGAGGAGAGCUCUUAGUACUGGACCUGCAAGGGGUUGGGGAGAUUCUGACUGAUCCCUCUGUGAUAAAGAGUGGUGAAAAGGGAUCGCAUAACAUGAUCUUUGGACCCGCAAACCUGGGGGACGACGCAAUAAGGAACUUCCGUGCUAAACAUCACUGUAACUCCUGCUGCCGCAAACUCAAACUUCCUGACCUGAAGCGAAACGAGUAUACGCCAGACAAGGUGACUCUGUCCCAAGACGCCCCGCCCGAUGACCCUUCCCAGCCUGGAAGCAGCACCAAAGAGCAGCGGCAAUCCAUGCGCCUCAUGCUUUGAGAGGGGGGGGGACAAGAAGGAUAAAUAUUUGCCUUUGGCUCACGUCAGCCUGGUUAACUGGAAGCUUGUGUCUGUCCCCGCCAAGGUGGACGCAUGCAGACGCCGUGUGCCCUUCCACACCUCACCUCACCUCACCUCCCCUCCCCUCCUCAUAUGUUUUUUGGUUUUUUUUUUUUGUUAUGAUGAUUAAUUGUCAUGCUCGAGUGGAAGGCCAGAAGAACUAUAUGGUGUAGAGGGAGUUCCAGUGGCCCUCUUCUCUGGUGAAAUAUUCCUCUAUGAUCAAAUGAAAUAUUCCACCGGAUUUUAAAAUAUGUUGGGGCAUGGGAUGAAGAUGACUUUUAUGAAUUUAUUUUUAAAAGGAUAUAUGUUAAAUAUGAGUAUACAGAAGUGAAAAUUAAACUGGUACAAUCUUAUUGUUUUGAGGGGAAUAGUAUUUAUUAUGAAUAAUGCAAAGUUGCCUUGUAUAAAUUGAAAGCAAUUUUAAGUGCAUUGUAUUUUUUUGGCUGUGUUUCAAGUAGGUUUUGAAGGGAACCUGCUCUAAUUUAAACUGCAAGAUCUUUUGAGCAGAAUGUCAUAAACUCCUUUUUAUAAGUGUAAGAUAUGUGUAGAAAUAUGUAUUAUGGCAUUUGUGGUUCAUACUUACUGAAGAAAUAUAUACAGAUUUGAAAAAUCUUGUAAAAUAUGGGCAGAUUGCAAUGCAACUUUUACAGUUCAAUAUAUGUCAUUUUAAUGUGUCAAAUGCUGAUACUGUGUCAACAAAAUGAUUAUAGAGGAAUUUUUAAUGUUAUAAAGGUACUAUUGUCAUCUUUUGUCAUUCAAGUAAUGUAUGAUAAUUUGAACCUAGUGUAUCUUAUAGAUACAGAUAUUUGGCACGAACUUCACAGAAUAAAAUGGGAAUAUUUUAUGCAGGGGUAUUGUGAAAAGCAAGAGUAUAUUGCCGUAAAACAUUUUGUACUGUAUAUCAUUUCAACUAAUAAAAAAGAAAACAAAACGGCA